CUCAGACCACGCCCACGGCCUCUGUUCAGUAGCCGGUUGUUGUACCUACAUCAUUGUGUGUGAGGAUCAAGUACAACAUGGUGACUCUCGGUGUUCUGUGGAGAACCGAUAGCUUCAUUAGGAGGAGUGUUAACACCGUGUACAGACUCUCUGUCAGUAAGUCGUGUUCGUGCUAUUUCUCUACGUCUUCUAGGCAUCACUCUAAGUUUUACUCUGAUCCCACGGAAGCCAUCAAAGACAUUCCUGAUGGAGCUACUGUUCUGGUUGGAGGGUUUGGUUUGUGUGGAAUUCCUGAAAAUCUGAUAAACAGUUUACUGAAAACAGGAGUGAAGAAACUCACAGCAGUCAGUAACAAUGCUGGGGUGGAUGAUUUCGGUCUUGGCCUCCUUCUGAAGACAAAGCAGAUAAAGCGCAUGAUUUCAUCUUAUGUUGGAGAGAAUGCAGAGUUUGAGAGACAGUAUCUGUCUGGAGAGCUGGAGGUGGAGUUAACACCACAGGGAACUCUAGCAGAGCGAAUUCGAGCCGGAGGAGCAGGAAUCCCUGCUUUCUUCACAGCUACAGGUUACGGCACAUUAAUCCAGGAGGGAGGAUCACCCAUUAAAUACAACCCUGACGGCUCUGUAGCCAUCGCCAGUCAACCCCGAGAGGUGCGUGAGUUCGGAGGACGACACUUUGUGAUGGAGAAGGCCAUAACAGGAGAUUUUGCCCUGGUGAAAGCGUGGAAAGCUGAUCGAGCAGGAAAUAUCAUCUUCAGAAAAACAGCCAGGAACUUCAACCAGCCCAUGUGUAAAGCAUCCAAGACCACCAUUGUGGAGGUAGAGGAGAUUGUGGAUGUGGGGACGUUUGCAGCAGAAGACAUUCACAUUCCUUGUGUUUAUGUUCACCGCAUUGUGAAGGGAGAUCAUUAUGAGAAACGGAUUGAAAAACGUACAGUUAAGAAGAUACAGAUGGAGAAACCCAAACCAAAGAAGGACUCAGACAUCAUGAGGGAGCGAAUCAUCCGCAGAGCAGCGCUAGAGUUUGAGGAUGGCAUGUACGCUAAUCUGGGAAUUGGAAUUCCAAUGUUGGCGAGUAACUUCAUCAAACCUGAUAUUAAAGUCUACCUGCAGAGUGAAAAUGGGAUUCUGGGAUUGGGUCCAUACCCUUUAGAGGAGGACGUGGAUGCAGAUCUCAUUAACGCUGGGAAGGAGACGGUGACUGUACUCCCCGGAGCAUCGUACUUCUCCAGUGAUGAGUCCUUCUCCAUGAUCAGAGGAGGACACAUCAACCUGACGAUGUUAGGAGCGAUGCAGGUGUCCAGAUAUGGAGACUUGGCGAACUGGAUGAUCCCCGGUAAGAUGGUGAAGGGAAUGGGAGGAGCAAUGGAUCUGGUGGCCAGCGCUGGGACUAAAGUGGUGGUGACGAUGGAACACUCGGCCAAGGGAGGGAAACACAAGAUCCUGGACAAGUGCAGUCUGCCCCUGACUGGAAAACAUUGUGUGGAUCGCAUCAUCACUGAGAAGGCUGUGUUUGAUGUGGAUAAGGAUAAAGGACUGACUCUGAUUGAGGUGUGGGAGGAGCUUACACCUGAUGACAUCAGGGAGUGUACAGGAACUGAUUUUGAGGUUUCUGCUGACCUGAAGCCCAUGCAGCAGAUCUGAACACACACACACACUCACACACACACACACACACACACACAAGUUUGUCUGAAAAAUGAAGGAGUGAAUUAAGGAUUAAUAGAGAAAAUUAAAAUGUGCAGUAGUUCAUGCAGUCGGUUACUGAGAAAAGCAAACAAAUGUAAAGAUUUUUAACUGUCUGUCAUUUCAAGCUCAUAAUAAUAAUAAUAAUAAUAAUAAUAAUAAUAAUAAUAAUAAUAAUAAUAUGUUGCUGCUGCUGCUGAUGAUGAUGAUGAUGAUGACAGGUGUGAUUAUCAGUGUUUUGUCAAAAAUCUGCAGCUUAUAAUAAAUGUUACUGAUGUACAGGAA